UGUCUUGUUUCUUUAUGGUUGCUUUUUCUCGUUAUCUAAGGACACACACGUUUCUUCUGUUCAGAGAGAAAGAUUUAUAUAAAAAGUCAGUUUCAAUUUGCUCGUCUGUGUUUCGGUUCUGUCUGAACGGUCAUCAUCAUCAUCAUCGUCUUCAUUACUCCUGCCAUUAAACCUUUCUUGAGAAUAUUAUUUGUGAACGAUGAGAAGCCAACGAGAUCAAGACUCCAGGGCUUUCUACGAUCUCUCGGCUCUUGUCCUGAGCCUCCUCCGCUCUCCGCCGAUGCCGAUUUCUCUCCCCGAUCACUUCCCGGAUUCGCCGAUGAUGAGGAGUCGGUCGCCUUCGAUGGCUCAUAUAUCUCCCUCCGGGUUCGCGUCGCUGCUGCUGGGUAUAUCGGUGGCUCUGAUGCUAUGUGGAUCCGUGACUUUCUUCAUCGGCUUCCUCUUGUUGCCUUGGGUUCUGGCUCUCAUCGUGGUUCUUUAUGUCGCCGGGAUCGUCUCCGCCAUUUCCAUGGCUGGGAGGUCGAUCCUCUCUUACGUCUUGACGCCGCCGCCUUCUUUUUCAUCGAGGAAGGGCAUUUCUGAAUGGAAGCUGUUGUGAAGUGACGAAAACCUCAAUUAUCAUCCGGAAGAGCGGGACAAAGAAGAUGGAUUGAGUAUAUAACAACGCAAUCCAGAUUAGAGAUUUUCUAUAUAUGUUCUUUUAUCUGUAUUUUGGGGGGAAAUUAUGUGGAUAUUUGGGAGUUUUUAUGUUUUCUUUUACUUUUUCAAAAAGAAAAAAAGAUUUUUAUAUUUUACUGUUAGAGAAAUGGAGAAAGCGUUCUGAGUUUGUGCUUUUUCCAUGGAUGGUUUUAUUAUUAUUAUGUAACAUAAUUUAUUUAGGAAAAAAAUCUUAAAAAAAGA